GUCGCCGGGCAGCAGGACCAGGCGAAGCUGGAGGUGCGCAGAGGUUCGCCGUGAACGCUGCCAGGGAACCCGGCCGCCUCCGGUGCUACCUGCGCCUCUGCCUCCAUCUCCAUCGAUCCUUGCGCCCUCGCCCGCCGCCGCCGACUGCCGGGCUGGUUGAGAGGAUGUCAUUCCCUGUGGAUAUAUUGAACAAUUGCAGUCAUGAGGACUUGGAGAGCUCAGCAGAGGACUACCUCUUUGAUCUUCGGUGGGGGAAGCUAAGCUGUCCUACAUUCUUCUCUCUGCCAGACCACCGCAAAGUUCCUAUUAGCUUGUCAACUGUGGGCUAUGUUCCUCUGUAUGGUGAAGAGCAGACACACAAAGUUCUUGCGCUGUUUGCACCAUGGGACUCGCUCACAGCUGUAGCCCUGUAUCUUGCUGACCAGUGGUGGUCAAUUGAUGACAUUGUGAAAACAUCUGUCCCUGCUAGACAGGGGCUUCAUCAGGUGCAGUCUGUUGGAGAGAGAAUUGUUCUCUAUGUUCUGAAUCGAAUUAUCUAUCGAACGCAAGAAAUGGAAGAAAAUGAGAUCCCAUUUCUCUGUCAUGGAAGCAGUCACUAUGCUAAGAUCAUGUGGAAAAAAGGAGAGGCUAUUGGGUUCUAUUCUGUUAAACCUGCAGGAAGUGUUUGUAACUCAUUUUUUCAUCAGAAGUAUAAACUGACAGUGCUAGACACAAUGUUUGUGAGAAAGAAACAUCGUGGGAAAGACUCUGGGCUAAUCAUGUUGGAAGACUUUGUGGAUUCCUUUACUGAAGGGCCUCUUGGCCUACGAUACCCACUGUCAUCCUUUGUGUAUACAGCUUGUAAGCAGUAUCUUGAGAAGUACCCUGCAGAUAAAAACCUUUUGUGGCAAGUGGAGGGAGCAGGAUGUUGGUUCCAAAGAAAGUCUAUUAUGUCUAUAGUGCAAAAGGAAAAUCUCAAAAUUGCAGCAGAGGCCUCAAAGAAGGAAAAUAACAGUUUGCAAACAGAGGAUAAGCUUAGUCAGUCUGCAGUAUCUGAAGCAAGUGGACAGAGGACUGAGAGGACUGAGCUAGAAACACAGCUAAAUGCUAACUCGCAAAAAGGUAAAGAAUCAACAGCUGUCCAUGCAAGCACAUCUGAAGAGCCUUACACAAGUCCUGUUCCUGUCUGGACGCGAAGUGGUCAAUUAAAACGUCAGAGUAUAAAUAAACAUAGACAGCAACCUGGAUCUGAAACUUCCAAAGGAGAUGAUGAAAAUGCUCUUCCUGCGUCCAAAAGCAGGCCGGAACUUCUUGCCCACACAUCUGAAAGCUCUGAAGACUUGGUAGAAGUACCUAAGGUGGAUACUGUUGAGAAGGAUGAGGAAAUAGUUGUUGAAAACGAGGGCCAGUCUGUGUUAGAAGCGGAGCUACAUGUAUCGCCCCCUGAGAAACAGAAUGAGAAGGAGGAAACUCCAUCCGAACCUCUUAAUGGUGAGGUAGCAGAAGAAACUGGUAAGACCUCACUUAUGGCUGAAGAGGAAACAGCAAAUGAAGUUCCGAGUGGCGAGUCAAAAUUGCAGUCUGAGAGUCAAGGAAAAGAACCCUUAACGCUGUUUGUUCCAUUAAUCCUUGAGUCUCCAGCAAAAUCUUCAGAAGACACUGUAUCAGAAAAGGUUUUAAAUGAAAAUGAUUCAGAAGUGAUGACUGAAGAAGUUACAUCAGUAGAGAAGGAGGGCAUUGGAGAACAGCAAGAAUCUGAAAAGACCACCACUGAAAAUGCAUCUGCUUCAGCAUCAAAGGAGGAGCUCUCUGACAAUAGCCUGCCUAACUCUGUGGUAACUGAAGCAGCUGAAGAAUCUCUUUCUGAAAACUUACCUGCCUCAUUGGAAGUCCAAAAUGAGGAAACAGGGCACAACUCACAGGAGGCCCCUGUUGCCUUGAGUCAGAGCUCUUUGAUAGUGGUUGAACUUGAGGGUGUUUCCUUUCAGCAGCCUGCUGGACAGGAAGGACAGAAGAACCAGUUGGAAGAGCCCUCAGAAGAGUCUACAGAGCAGACAGAUCACUACACGCAGACAGUGGCAGAGAGGGCUGCUGACAGCAGCUCUGAGGAAGCAGAAAUUGAGGUACCUGUUGUAGAUCGGAGAAACUUGCGAAGAAAGGCCAAAGGCUAUAAAGGUCCACCCAAGAAAAAAGGAAAGCCGGCUUAAAAAUGAAAUAUUGAUUGUUAAUUCAUCUAUUUAUAAGAAAGCUAUUUUGUGUAAAACAUUAGGGUGUAACUAAACCAUAUCAGGCACAGGACAUGUGUGUUUAAAAUUCUGCGUUGGACUUCCUUUUGGGUUCAUCACCUUUUCUCAAGAUUUAAUUUUUAACCACUAGACAUUGAACUUCCUUCAUAGUAAGAAAGUAAAUAGCCAGUCUCCUCCCUUCAUAAAGGAUACAUGCUGAAGAAAUACAGUUAUGCUAUCAAAGGGAACAUUGUGUAUUUAAGAUAGCGGUCUUGGAAGAAAAAUGCAGUGCGAAAUCCUGGCCCUGUCAAGGUCCCUUAAAUUCCCAUAGAUGGCCAUGAUACCAGACAUCACUCCAGAUACUGUUUUUUUUUUAAAUAACUUUGUGUUCUCUACUGUGGAGAGAAGCAGAGCAAGAAAAAUCCUUCCUUGUUUCUUCCUUCCCAAAUCCUUCCCAAAGGUUUCCUCAUAUGAGAUUAAAAGAAUGUGAAAUUCCAUCAUUCUAGGUCUCAAAAUAUACAAGGUGUAGCUCAGUAGAUCAACACAACAUAAGCAUUUAUCUUUCAUGUGAAUGACUUGAAACAGCUGAGUCAGUAGAAACACAGUGCAGUAUCUGCCACAGCUGAUUCUGGUAAUGGAUUUCUUGUGUGAAGAUUGAGAUGCCUAUGCCAUAAACAAUUUGUGGCUUCCAAAGCAAGCAUUUUGAUAAGCCUAAGUUUUUCCAGAGUGUAUGGAGUGUAGACUACAUAUGAAAUCAUUUCAACUGCCUUCCUAACUACUUGCAUGUGUUGAGUGGAUAGUUGAUUACUUGUUGCGUUACAGGAAAAGGAUAUGAUAACUUUUGAUCUUGUUUUGGUCUGAAUGGAAGUGGUUCUUUGUUUUCUCCAAAUACUUUGCUAGUGCUGUGGGGUAACUAUUAAAAUGUUGUGUCUGCCAGAUGUGUGACUCUUGAGAACACUGACAUUUCAGAUGGUUAUGACAUUCAUUAGCGUGACUAUUAGUGGGUGUUUCAGCAAAUGCUUGUUUGCCAAACUUCCAUGCCUUUAGGAAUGAUCAGGUGAUAGCUUGCAAAUAUUUCUGAUUCCCACUUUCUUUUUCUAAGAUGAGUGUAAUUCCUAGGAUGAUAGCUUCCCAGUUCACAACUUUUCUUAAAAGCAGCAACCAAACUCUGCUGUUUGCAGACAGAAAUAAAACCAGACUUUCCAUGCAUAUUUCCCUUCUGAGGUUCUCCUGACAAACCAUAUGUUUAACUUAUUACACUUACCUAAGUUACUCCUUAGUUCGCUAUGUGUUCCUUUCCAGUAAAUGAAGCUCCUCUAAUAAUGGGUUAAAACCUCAAAAAUAAAAGAACAAUGAUUCUAAGAAUGGGAAAUCACACACCACUUUUUGUUCUGCUUAUAUGCCUUUUCCAGGGUGAGUGAACUAGUCCUUCACACUGUCUCAAAAAUAGAGGUACAACUAUUCAAGGUUCACCUGAAUAGUUGCAGUGCUGUCUUAACUUUUAUCCUUUUAUGAAGCUAAUAUAAGAAUCUGGUUUUGGACUUUUAUGCUUACAGAGUUUAACUCUAUUUAUAAGAUAUUUUAACUAUAAGACACAUUCAUGCUAUUUCCUUUAGCUGAUGAAAUACCAUGCUCCUUUUGAAUCUGUUAAGAGCAGCUUAUAGAAAAAAAAAUUUAAAAAAUAUGCUUUAAAACUAAACUUUAAACUUUAAACCUAAACUUUAAAUUUGGAGUGCAUGAGAUUACUGAGUUAAGUUUGAGUUUCUUGAACUAUUGCAUGUAGCUAUAAUAUCUUAGCCAAGUACAUACAGGUACUCCUUAUGAACCCCAUCACUGAAAAACAUUCAAGAUAUUUCCUGAUUGUGUGCAAACAUAUUCUGGUGAACGUUAAGCAUUUCUAAAACUUAUGAAACUUUUUAUAUAAAGCAUAUAAGACAAAACUAUUGUUAUCUUCUGUAUGGUUUCUCUUUUACUGCUGAGAUUAAUUAUAUUUUAAAAAAGAAGUGGCUAGAAAACACAUCUCUUGCAUUGCUAAGAAUUUGGGAUUUGUGAGGACUGGUGGCCUAAAAAAACAAUGGUUGUAUACAGUAUAUUGCAAUUCAUCUUCCAUUUUUAGGGUAAGCCUUACUGAAGAUGAAUCUGCUGAAUCCUUCAAUUGAUACGAAUAUAUCCACUUUCAAAAAGUUAAGGAUUCUUUUCCUUAUGAAAAGUGAGCUCCAGUUAUUUCAGUUACUCCUAGGUGAAUUUUUGAUAUCUGUGUUUAUUGUUUAUAUUCCCAGUGAGGCUGGAAAACUGUUCAGGAGAAGGUAAUUUCACUCACCUGGCUUUUACUUUACAUGGCUAAGUUGGAAUGAUUUCAGUUAGAUAUUUGCAUAGUGAGUACAGAAAAAAAACCACAACCAAAAAAACCCCCCCAAAACCAAAACCAUAAGUAUUACAACAUUAUGAUAUUAAGACAGUCUUGGUUUCUAAUGAGAACAGUCAAAUUUCUGAUCUCAUUUCAGUGAGUCAGUUUUAAAUACUGAACUUAAAUUCACAUGUUUAAAGUAUACUCUUGAGUGGAUACUUCUGUAAAUCUGGUGUACCUGGGAUAAUAGCUGAUGGCCAGACUUUUACAUACAGAAUGUAGGCAGUUGGGGUGCAAUUGGAAAUUCAGAUAACCAGCACAGUCUUGAAAAAUGGACACUGUUCUAAUUGUGAUCACAGCAGUACUUUGAACCAAAGGCCACAUUUUAUAACAACUUCUUUGGCAUCAACCAUUCUGCAGUAAAUACGGAGUAGGAAAAUCAAAUACUGACUUUAUUGUUUUUAUGGCUGUACUGAUUGUCCCACUGGAACAGUAGUUCAAUAGCCUAUGCAUUCUGUUAAAUUUAUAAAAGGGAACAUGUCUGACUACUGUAUUGAUUGGAGUGUUUUAUCUUGGGAAAAACAGUGGUUUCUAAGCUUGGAAAUUUUUUUUUGUCUAUUAACUAUCUUAUUACCAUCAAACUCUUAAAUAAUUUUUAAGAUCCUAUUGCACCAGCAACAAAUGAUUAAAACAUCAACUUUAUACACAUUUGUAACAAAUGUUAUUACAACAUGCUGUGGAACUAAGUGGGUAUAGUGAAAGCAAGCAGUAUUAUUUUAGAGCUUUAUUUAGGCUAGGAAUGGAGCUUAAAGAACAUUUUGUGACUUCAGCCUUGCACUUAAAUGCUAAAUGGUUUUGUACUUGAAUCCAACAUUUGUUCAGAUGUCUGUCUUGUACUGCUUCUUGCACAUUCUCUCUUGGUCAGUUUUAAUUUCAUGCAGAAUUCUUGUUUGCUGUUCUCCUGUUCCAUAGCCCUUUACAUGAAAAUGUAUACAUCUUACUUCAAAAGAGCUUUAACUUAUUUUAGAUUAUGUUUGACCUCGGUUUGCUGCUUUUUUGUACCAUUUCAUGUGUAGAUUUCAGUAAUCAAAUUGAUCAUUUACAAUGUCAUUGACACAACUUACGCAACAAAUAGGUCUAAGUUUCAGCUUCCCUGCUCUAAGUGACUGUUCUAAAACACUAUUUCCAAGGGGAUAUACUUCUAAAUUUAUUUUCACAAAUGUGGUGUUAGAUGUUUUCUAAACUAGUGAUACUGUGUUUAUAAAUCUUAUGAAAGAUAUCUUACUAUUGCAUAGUAUUGUACUCUAGUCUUGUUAGUGUUAAUAUUUCCUUUUUUUAGUACUGCCUUGGCUGCUUUUGAAAUGUUUGAAGUAGUAAUUAAACUAUUAUUUUGUGAUUUUUUUACUUCUGCUUGGUUUUUAGUAUUUGAGUCCUUUCUGCUAUACAGGAAGCACAUUUUAAAGUGGUUCAGUUCACUAGAACUAUUACGUUACAAUCUGUCUGCUACAAAGGAGUUCUAAAACAUCAAAGGUUAUUAAUUGAAAAAUCUUUCAUCAAUUAAACCAGUUUUCUGUAAUUAGCUUAUGCAACAGACUUUUUUUUAAAGUAGCAGAAUAGGCUCUUCUGUAUGUUACAGUGUGGAUUCUGCUGUUUAUAUCAAUUAUGCAAGAUGAUGUAAACUUAGCAGUUAUUAAUGGAGUUUGCUGUAGACAACCAACUAGAAAUGCUGUAAUGCACUCCUACAGUGUAGUACAUUAAAAUGCCUUAAGAGCAGUAAUUGUUGAGCCAACAAGUCAUGUGUAGGUGUCAGUAAUCAAACUGGUCAUUUACAAUGUCAUUGACACGACUUACACAUAGCAACAAAUUGGUCAAAGCUUCCCUGCUUUAAGUGACUAUUCUAAAAUACUAUUUCCAAGGGGAUAUACUUCUAAAUAUAUUUUCACAAAUGUGGUGUUAGAUGUUUUCUAAACUAGUGAUACUGUGUUUAUAAAUCUUAUGAAAGAUGUGUUACUUUUUUAGUAUAUAAAUAUAUUUAUAGCAUAAAAUGUAGUAAAGUUUUUCAAGACAGCUGUAGAAAAUUAUUCUGUUCAUGUUGUUAAUGUCCAGUAAAGGGUAAAGCAACAAGAACUUAAAUGGAGGGUUAUCUGUUCUGACAAAAUGCCCUCUCUUUAAGCAAAUAACUUACUGGCUUGUGACUCACUCUUAUUUUCAAAUCACUUGUCAUUUACACAAAGUAAAAAUCAUAGUAAGUUACUAAGUCUAGAUGAGGGCAAUGUGUUAAAUUAAUUAAACAGUUUGUAACAGAAGGCUCUGUGGUAUAGUCAAACUACUGCCUCUAUCAGAUCAUAUAAGAGAAGUUAUGAUGACAAUAUACAGGCAGCUAGCUUGACUUCCUGACUAGAGUUCCAAAUCUGAAACAUGACUGAGGAGCAUCUGUGAUAGAAGAGGCUGAGAGCCGCAAUUGUUCUGCCUGAAGAAGAGAAAGCUCAGGAAGGUCUUACAUUGUGUACAAAUACCUGGGGGGGGGUGUAUGUCAUGAAUGAUUCUUUAGGUUGCCUAAAAAAUCACUGUCAAAGGUAUUAACAAAAGCAGGUUUAAUAUGAAUUUGCAAAAGCAUGAUUUAACAAAGUUUGUUGGUGAGAUUUGCUCUAUUACUUACUAGAUAGAUGAAGCAUACAAAGGAAAAUAGAAUUAGAAUCAAUCUGAAAUUAUUUACAGAGAUUGAAGAUGCCAAAGAGUAAGGGAGAUGCUCCUGUUGAGUUAUGAGGUUCAGAGAGGACUCCAUUGCUUCUAUAUAUGCAUAGAAGGUAAGGAUUGUUGGUAAUAGCACACUGUGAGAAAGAACAGGAUGUGGCUGGAGAUGGGGGCAUAUCGAGGUAGGGCAGCACUUUUCCAGGAAAAACGUCCUUGUUCUGGCUCCUGGGAAUAAGCACAACACAGCACAGAGCAGGUGCAGGAAUAUGGCUGACCUACCCCCGUGGCUCCACAAAGCCUGGGUGCACAUGUGCCACAGGAUGUGGACACCCAGUCAGCUGCAGCAAUGCUCGCAAUCCCUUCCUAAUUCAUCUCUCUGUGUCUCUCUCUUCCCGUUUUCAACUUUUCCUUUAUCCAAAACCACUGGUGUGUGCUUAUACUAGAUCUGGGACUAACGUGCUAACUGUGUAAUUUACCAAUAAAACUUCAUAAGCUUUUGUGGA